AUGGCUGCUAUGAUCACUCCGGGGUCUCCGGUCAGGUUGGUUCCUGGAACACGCCGUCGAUCUUUAAAUCUGGCCAUCUUAUUUCUCGUUAUCCUAGCUUUACUCUGGUCUUUGUUAUUUCAUGGGAACAUUGGACACGGCCGAAAUGUUAAGCCCGACGAGAUCCGGGACCCCUUCGACGCGAUCGCAAACAACACACUAGGUUUUGAGAAAAUAUUUGCGAUUAGCCCGGUACAACGCUUAGACAGACGCGAUGCGAUUGUACUUGCAUCCUCAGCUACAGGAUUUCACGUCGACUUCAUCGACGGGUUUGUCCUCGAGGAAGAUAGCGCCAAGGGAUUGAACGAAUCAAAGAAGGGCGUUGAAGCCUUUACUGCUUCCCGCCCGCAUGCGAAUGCUGUACAGAGAAUCGUCGCAGCUGGGAUCGCAAGCGCACUAAUACUUGAGGACGACAUUGACUGGGAUAUAAAUAUCAAAAUGCAAUUAAAAGGACUCGCCCUAGGCGCUCAGCAAAUACCGAGGAUCAACUCUCCGGAAAGCAAUGCGACCACAGAUUCUCCGUACGGUGACAGCUGGGACGUUCUUUGGAUCGGUCACUGUGGUAUUAAAUGCGACGGCUCUUCACCUAUUCAGUUGAUGCCUCACGACAUAACGGCGAUGCCAUCUCGCUACCUUCCGCCUUAUUCGUACGAUCCCCCAGCUGGAACUGGGAACAAUGUCCGGAUGGCAUGCAUGAUAGAAAAGGCGGCAUGCAGUGCGGCGUACGCCAUUACAUACAGGGCGUCCCAGAAGAUCCUCGCUGCUUCGACACGGCUCACAGACGAUGACAAUAUGGAUUUCCCAGACCUCCUUAGUGGACUUUGUCACAAUGGCUCAUUGGAGUGCUACUCGUCUUACCCGUCGCUAGUUGGGAGAUGGAAAGGCGGCAGAAAGGAAUAUUCCUCGGAUAACGACCAACAAGUCGUUAAUAGCCCGAUGUCUCAUUCCUCUGGGGUCAUGUACAGUACUCUGGGGAAUAUUGAGCACAUAUUGGACGGAGAGUGUGCCGUGCGAGCCACUAUCGAUGAUGCUAUAGUUCCAGAGCUUAUCCCAGAUCUCUUUGAGGUACCCCAUUCAUUUCUUCAGUGGACGGAUAAGAGAGGGGGACAUGAAAGAGCGUUAUAAUAAUGCAUGCAAAGAAAUUUUUAACAAAAGAAUAUCAC